AUCAAACCACAGCCAUGUCUAGAUUAUGGGUCAGAUAGAAGACCAUCGGUUUUAAUCCGGUUGACUUCAGUGGAUGUAUUUCACCGUUACACCUUCGCAGAUCCGUGUCGGAUAUACAUUUUCGUCUACGGGGGGACGUCGACGGAACUGACGCUGCUCGGUGGCUCCAAGCGCCUUUUUGCCAAAAGAGAUUCAGGAUGAUGUCUAUAAUUAGACGGUAAAACAACUGACGGCGCGUUUGUCGAGCCCUUUUUUUUAUUAAGAAUAAUAAAUAUAUAUAUAUAAUAAUAAUAAAAAGGGUGUUUCCACCAUCAGGCUGUGAUACAUAAGAGAUCAUAGAUGUGAUUCCCCUUCUCACUGCGGACGGCGUCUAACACAAAAUCCAUCCAAAUGAUCUCCGGGAAACAUUUCAAGGCUCAUGAAGUGAGCUGCUGCAUCAAGUAUUUCAUUUUCGGAUUCAACAUCAUAUUCUGGUUCCUUGGAGUGGCGUUCCUCGGCAUCGGGUUGUGGGCAUGGAGCGAAAAGGGUGUUCUCUCCAACAUCUCGUCCAUCACUGACCUGGGGGGCUUCGACCCUGUGUGGCUCUUCCUCGUGGUGGGGGGUGUGAUGUUCAUCCUCGGGUUUGCUGGUUGCAUCGGAGCGCUGCGAGAAAACUCUUUCCUGCUGAAGUUUUUCUCUGUGUUCCUGGGUAUUAUCUUCUUUCUGGAGCUGACUGCUGGAGUCCUGGCCUUUGUCUUCAAAGACUGGAUCAAGGACCAGCUCAACUUUUUCAUUAACAACAACAUUCGCGCCUACAGAGAUGACAUUGAUCUGCAGAACCUGAUAGACUUCACCCAGGAAUAUUGGGAGUGUUGUGGAGCUUUUGGAGCCGACGACUGGAAUUUGAACAUCUACUUCAACUGCACCGAUUCGAACCCGAGUCGUGAGAAAUGCGGUGUCCCUUUUUCUUGCUGCACCAAAGAUCCAGCGGAAGACGUCAUUAACACUCAGUGUGGAUACGACAUUCGAGCAAAAACGGACUCUGAGCAGAGGACCUUCAUCUACAUAAAAGGCUGCGUCCCACAGUUUGAGAAGUGGCUUCAAGACAACCUGACGGUGGUGGCGGGCAUCUUUAUUGGAAUCGCACUCUUGCAGAUUUUUGGCAUCUGUUUAGCGCAGAAUCUCGUGAGCGACAUUGAAGCCGUGAGAGAAAGCUGUUUGUUUACCUAAGAGCUUCCGCUGACUUUUCAAAGCCAAGAAGGGUGUGCCAGGACUCUGCAGUGAGGACUCUGCGGUGAGGACUCCAGCAGCGAAGGGAACAUGAAUUAAUCAGCUAAACGUAUCUAGUAUGAAAAGCCUCGUCCAUAUGUAAAUAAUACAUUUAGAAUUAUUUUUUAAAGUCGCCGUAUUUUAAAUGAAGCACUGAAGCCGCUGAAAUGUAGUGUAGCUCUCGUACGAUAUGAACUAACAUGCAAAAGAAAUUUGUGACAGUAUUGUAAGUGGCUGUGUGGAGGGAAACUUAAUUCUUGUCCUCCGGGCAAAUGAAGGUAGAUUUAGCGUUUUCUCUGAGGCAGUGCUUCAUUUACAAAUAUGGGCCUUGUUUUUUUUAGUUUUUUUGUUUUUUUAUGCCGCACAGCUGCAGUUCUUAACAGCUGCACGUAAGGGGUGUGUACAAAGAUAAAAUGAUUCUGGAAAUGCACUGCAUGCCUAUUGUCUCCUGACAGGACAUUGGCUCCACUAACUGUAUUUCAUUAAGUAUUUUGAACUAUUUGUAAAGUAGGCACUAGUUUGGAGUGAAUCGGCUGGUUAGCACUUUGUUGAAUGUGUAAUGAAUUCUGCUUAAAGCUACGAAGGAUUAACUUUAGAUUUUAUUUACAUCUGUGAGAUGAUCACACUAGAUACAUACAGUUUUUGGGAGUAUAGUAACAUGUAGUAUUUUGAAGAGACGCAAUGGAUGUGGCAGGCUUCGGGCUUCGGUCACCUUGCAAGUUUGAAUGACCUCAAAAAAAAAAAUCUCUUGGGAGAAAAGAAAAGAUGUGGCGUCUAAUCCAAACUGAGCCUUAAGCACUUUAAUAUUCGUAAAGGAGAGAUGAAGCUCAUUGAAGCCACUCCGCUUUUGUCAUGGCAGACUGUUAUUUUACUCAAGCAGCGACCACUGGAGGGAGCACUUUCCAUUAAAAAAAUGAUAAUAAAAAAAUGCAUCUGCAACUUCAUGGUGCUCUGUAAUUGUUAGAUACUUCGUCCAAAAGCCACUUGACAGAAACUUUUUAAUAAUUCAUUUUCCUCUAAUUGUUGCCAGUGUGUUUCUUUGAUGCCUUUGCUGUUUAUUUCUUUUCUGUUUACGUCUGUAAUUUUUCACUGGAAGUGGGGACACAAACUAUUUUCUGAGGGUCACAAUGAAAGGGCGUACAGAUACUGCUUGAUGCUUGAACCUGGAUAUGUUUUCUAGCCUUCAUUCUUUACAGUACUUGAAAGCGGAGCGCACAGACUCAGCAACCAGCAUAAUCUCACACUGAUAUUAGGCCACAUCAUAAAACCUAUACAUGUAAUUUACUUUUUGGUACAAACCAACAUUUUAUGUGAAAACAGUGUAAAGUUACAGCAGGUUUUGCAGAGCAUUUUCCUUUGCUGUCGAUUCUCCUGCAGCCUUCACCCUCAGACAAAAGGACAUGAAACAUUUCUGUUUUUUAAAAAAAAAAUAUAUAUAUAUAUAUAUAAAAAACACAUAUGGUAAAUGUUAUAAAGCAGAGAUGGUGUCUAAUGUCCUUUUUUAUUAUUAUUAUUAUUAUUAUUAUUUUCCACUUACAGCUUCAUAUGAUUGUCUGUGUUUGCUGAUCACACUUUUUCCUACCACUUAGUGCCAUAUUUGUGAUUUCUACAUUCUCCUGAUUAUGACUAUACUUUGGUUUUAUUGCGUGUUGCUGAUUCUUUUUGUAAAUAGCGGGAUUGUGAAAAGAUGUAAAUAUAUAGCCGAAUAAAUGUGGUCCUUUGUA